CUCUACUCCGACCUCAACGUCAUCCGGGGCUCCGGAGGGUCCACGGUGACGUGCGGGAAUGUCCUCUACCUGCUGCUCUUUGGCUGGUGGCUCUCGCUCCUCUACGUCCUCGUGGCUGCCAUGAUGUUCAUCACUGUUGUGGGGGCUCCUUAUGGGUGGCUCUGCUGGGACCUGGCCGGGUAUUUCCUCUGGCCCUUCGGCAAAGUGAUCCAGAAAGUGGAGGUCCCCAAAUCCCGCCAGGUGCUGGGUGCGUGUGACACCGGCGUGGGGGAGAGCUCAGCCCUGCUCGGUGGCCCCGUGCCGCGCCGCUGGCGCCCACAGUGCUGGGUGGAUGCCAGAUACUGGCAGUGCGCCGGCACCGUGGUGUGGCUGUGUCUGGGCUACCCGGCGCUGGUGCUGGCCCACGGGCUAGUGUGUGUCACCGCGUGGCUCCUCGUUGUCCUCAUCCCCGUGGCCAAGCUGAGCGCCCGCACCGUCGCCCGUGUCCUGCUGCUGCUGCCCCCGGAGCGGGUGGUUGUCCGGCGUCUGAGGAUGACGGAGGUGCCACUGGAGGGGGAGGUGAUCCUGUGCUGCUACCGCGCCGUCAACCCCUACUACUACAAAUAUGCCGUGGAUGGCAUCAACGUCUUUGCAGUCAACCUGCUGCCGUUGGUGCUGGUGACGCUGGUGCUGGGCUACGUGGACAGCCACAACCGCCUGACCAGCUCUCCCGUCAAGUUCACAUUGGCUCUGCUCUCCAUCAUGCCUCUCUCCUACUACAUCGGAAUGGCCAUUGCCAGCAUCUCUGCCCAGAGCAACUUUGCGGUAGGAGCGGUGGUGAAUGCUACGUUCGGCUCCAUCACGGAGCUCACCUUCUACAUCACGGCCCUCAUCAAGGGCUCGCGUGAGGGCAACCGCUGCUAUGCUGAGAUCGUCAAGUCGGCAUUGACGGGGACGCUGGUGGGCUGUGUCCUCUUUGUCCCGGGUCUGUGCAUGGUGAUUGGGGGCGGCCGGCACCAGGAGCAGCGGUUCAACAACCGCUCAGCGGGGGGCCGCUCAGCCUCUUCCUCUUUGUCCCCCGCAGGUGUCUUUGCCCCAACGCUCUUCUCCAAGGUAUAUGGGAAGCUGGUUUGCGGCGAGUGCCACAACGUCACCCAGAACCCACUGGGCCACUACCUCUGCCACAACUGUCACUUUGACCUGAUGGAGAACAACGGCACCCUCUACUACAGUCAUGUCCAACCCCUGGUGUACACAGUGUCCCUCCUGCUCCCCGCCGCCUACCUCAUCGGCCUCUUCUUCACCCUGAAAACUCACUCGCACAUCUACGACAUCCACAUCAGUGACUGUCACAUGCCUGGCCACCACCACAGCGCUGUGGUCCACUGGUCUCGCUGGCGGGCCCUGGUUAUCCUCCUGCUCUCCACCCUCUGCAUGUCAGCCUGUGCCGACCUGGCCACAGAGCACAUCAGCCCCAUCCUCACCAACUCCACCAUCUCGCAGUACUUCAUCGGUGUCACUGUGCUGGCGAUGGUGCCUGAGCUGCCGGAGAUCGUCAAUGGCAUCCAGUUUGCCCUGCAGAACAACUUGAGCUUGAGCAUCGAGAUUGGGAACUGCAUCGCCGUCCAGGUCUGCAUGCUCCAGAUCCCCAUCCUGGUGCUCUUCACCAUCUUCUAUCCGACCAACUUCACGCUUGUCUUCAGCGACCUCCACGUCUACGCCAGCAUGUUCAGCGUGGUGCUCAUGAACUACAUCUUCAUGGAUGGCAAAUGUGACUACUUCCAAGGCACGGUGCUGGUGAUGGUCUACUUCAUCCUCCUGGCUGUGUAUUUCUUUGCCCCAUCGCCCAGUGGUUGCUGA